CACAAAUUUCAACUUACCUUUUCGUAUUCAUUUUAUCCUCAACUAGACAAAACAUUUGCUUCCUUUUUGAAAAUGGCGAAUUUGCAGCGAUUUUGGAUAAUUACUUUUUUGUCGGGCCUUGUUAAACAACAGAUCGUGGCCGUCGAUUUGGAGAAAACAAAGUCUUCAAAUGACUGCAACCUUCCACUUGGUGUUGGUGACGGACGGAUUGCAGACAGUCAGUUAACUUCACCUUCCUUUGUAUCAACUUUAUACAUCUCAAAAGAUGAUAUUUACGUAAAUGCCAAGGCAAAGUAUGGUCGACUUAAUGAUAAAUAUGCUUUCUGUGGCGGACGUUUCUCAUAUUUACAGGUCAAUCUUGGUCAGGUUGUUUAUAUGACGGCUGUUGCUACACAAGGUCUUGAUGAUUGGGCACCAAGUUAUGUCGAAACUUACCAUCUUCGUUUCAGUUUAAAUGGUCAAGAUUGGUUCAACUAUAGCACUCCAAAUAAGGUUUGGCGAGGAAAUAUCAACGGUCGUGUCAUAAAACGAAAUGAUUUGAUAUUUUCAAUACAGACUCAAUAUUUACGUAUUUAUCCUCUACGUUAUAAUUAUGAAAGAUGUCUUCGUGUGGAAGUCUAUGGCUGCAAGUCAAGUGAUCCUGGUCAGUUAGAAAGUACUUCAACAACUCCUCGCCUGACGACCUCGGUUUAUGAUGUAAAGGUCAGCCCAGUGAAAACUGCUCCAGCUGAUGAUGAAAAGUUGGCCACUGUGAAAGUAUUAUCUGUUGUCAACCAUGGAAAUUCUACAGUCCCUAAUAAAAUUGUUGAUCGUGCAAAUGUUGCAUUGAUGUUGGAAUUUUCUAUUGGAUGUUUUGUGUUGGUCAACUUAACUAUUCUUGUUUUCAUGUUGUCCAAGUGUAAAACUGUGAAAAAUGCAGGCGCAAGUUACAGAAUUGUCAAGAAAGAACUCGUCUGAUAACUGCAUCAUCUCAAGAUUUUAAGGCCAGUUUUUGUUGUAAAAUGUUUAAAUGUCCUCCACAAACUAUUUUGAAAUUUUGGGAUUUUUGAUUCAGUGACAGAGUGAGUUUUAAAGAACAACUAGAUGCUGUAGUUUACUUAAAUAAUUAUACGUUUUUCACAUGCAUACUUAUGUAGUUUGAGAUAUUUCCUAAAAACUGGUGACUUUAACGAAAUUUUUUCUUACUGCCAACAUCACUAACAUGUAAAUUGUCUAGGGUAAGAACCUACUGCUCACUAAGUCGUCAUGACACACAGAUAACACUCAAACAUUUCAUAUUUCUUGUUAAAGAAAUACUAGUUUUCAGGAAAUGUCUCGUCUUUGUGCUUUAGACAAUAUAUAUUUAAUUAUUUGUGUUUUAGAAACAUGCGAUGUAAAUAUAACGAUAUUCAGUGUUUAUUUUGUACAGAACUUCAGUGUAGGUUUGUGCUUGUGAGCCGGCUAUACAUCGCACAGCAGCAGCUUAAGUAAGAUAAUUAAUGACACAUUAUUGGGUACACAGCCCCAGAGUGAGUUUGUACAUAUUUGAAGAAUUAUUUAUUUUGAUUGUACCCAUGCAUGGAACUUUAGCAUUGCGCAAAAAUCAAUGCUACAAUUAUGUCGACACGGAAAAAUAAUACCAGUUAAAUAUUAUCAAUUUCAAAAAGUUUUUUAGUCUUCAGUAAUUGAGAAGAGAACUAUUUCAAAACAUUCUAUACCAGUGCAAGGGCUCCAUUCAUCAAUAUAAUUUUUACAAUCCUAGACAAGUUUUUCAGCCUUUCGAAAAUAUUUUAGCUUCCCUUCGGCCAAACAUAAAUCUAGUGGAAUUGCAGAGUUUCAUACUGAAUGUUUAAAGUCCUUAUGAUUCUUUCUUUGAAUCUAAAUCUUACCUUCGUUUCUUAACGCUUUGAUUUAUGUCACUUCCCUUGGUAGUUCUCCAUAAAACUACAUAAAAAUCCAUCUAUGGUCAAUGUCAUGAAAGAAAUGUUGUUAAUAUUCAAAACUGUUCUCAAUUACUGAAGGCCAAAAGACGAAGAGUAUUUAUACACAAUGCCAGAGUGUGUUUGUAUUGUCUCUGCCACCGUCCAUCUUAAAGAUUUGGUGUUAGGAUAGUUUAAAUGUUUAUUAAUGUUAAAACUUUUUGUUGUAUUUUGUGUUUAUAAACUGGCUAGUUAA